GCGCGCGUCAUGGUUUUGUCACGGCGCAACAUUUGAACUCAAUAGACCGAUAAGCACAGAAUUAGACUAAUAUUACAUUAAAAAUGUUCAUAGCGUACAUAUUAUAGCUAAAAUAUAUUUUAAAUCAAAUUAAUUACAUAUAGAAAUUCAGUUAUAUCAACUUAUAUUAAAUAAGCAACUCCGCAAUGUCGAUCGACUUAGACAAGCCUCAUUAUGACCAGGCUACGUACACGGGCCGUGCCAAGCACUUCCUGCAGUUGACGAACCCGUUGAAUAUCCUAGCCUCGGACAAGGAAUUGGAUGAGGCUAAGAAGAUAGUUACAGAGUUUAGGAAAACACGUAAAAUGCCACCAGGGUAUGACGAAGAGAAGCUAUGGCGAACGAAGUACUUAUACGACAGUGCUUUCCAUCCCGACACAGGAGAGAAAAUGUUUGCCAUCGGAAGGAUGUCGGCGCAGGCGCCUAUGAAUACCAUCAUUACCGGAUGUAUGAUUACAUUCUACAAGACAACAGCAGCUACUGUCUUCUGGCAAUGGGUCAAUCAAACAUUCAACGCGGUUGUGAACUACACGAACAGAUCCGGGGACGCUCCACUAUCGAAAUCGCAGCUGUUAGCGUCGUAUUGCGCCGCCUGCGGUGGUGCCCUAGGCACUGCUUUGUACCUCAACAAUAAAGUUAAGAACAUGAAACCCAUAUAUGCUAGACUGGUGCCAUUCGCAGCAGUCUGUGGCGCUAAUUUCAUCAAUAUACCCAUGAUGAGAAGCAAUGAGCUCAUGAACGGCACGCCUGUAUUCGACACGAACGGUCAGAGAUUGGGCGAGUCUAAACGGGCGGCCGCAAUGGGCAUUGGCCUCGUCUGCGUCUCUAGAGUGUUGAUGGCAGUGCCCGGCAUGACUCUAACGCCUAUGGUGACGAACUACGCGACGCGGCGCGGGUUAUUCUGCCACUACCCGCUGGCAGUGAUCCCGUUCCAGCUGUUCCUGGUGGGGCUGUGCGUAACGUUCGCCACGCCACUCUGUUGUGCUCUGUUCGAGCAGCGAGCCGCUAUCGCCAUUAACAGCCUAGAGCCCGAUUUGCAGGAACAAGCCCGCAAGAAAUUCCCCAAGGAAAAGGAGUUUUACUUCAACAAGGGACUGUAAGCUGCAGUACUUCAGUUUAAUCGAGCUUAUCUGAAUAAUAGACGUAACGUCAUUUAUACCCAGAUAAUUGAUACUGUUAAGUACAGUCAACAUCACAAAUAACACUUGUCAAUUUUAAAUGUACUUAAUGAAAUUAGGUUCUCAAUAGUUAUUUUUAUUGCUGACUGUAUAAAAUUGAUUCUAGAAUAAUCACUGCCAGUAUCUACUCGAUGUAGUUAGGUAUUUGAUAUCAAAUGCUAUUAACGGUUAUAUUAUAGAUAUGGUUUUAAAUAGAUGUCGCUAGUAGGUACCUUAUUUUUUAUAUACAACUUAGAAUGGCAAACAAGCUGACGGCGCACCUGAUGGAAAGUGGUAACCGUCGCCUAUAGACAUGAGCAGUACCAUGGACAUAACAGAGUAUACUGUUUCGCCCAUGAUACCCCCCAUGCGUUGCCAUUCCUGAGGACUCAGGUGUUAUUCCUCCGUACCCUGUAAAUUUACUCCAUAUCCCACCCUUCAAACCGAAACACAGCCAUACAAACACAACUGCUUUACAGUUGAAACAUAACCUUCCCAAAUCUAUAUGAAAACUAAACUUGAAUGAUAAUCAUGCGUAUGAUGAAAACCAAGUGAAUAUAUUAUAUAUGUCACAAGUACUAUUGAUACCAAAUCCCUUUCUAGGUUAAUAAGGGCAGAAAAUACUAUCUAUAAUUGUUUUUAUAAAUUGGAAAGUGAACAUUUCUCUGGAACUCAAGUAAACUUUUCGAUCAUUUAUGUAAUAUUAAAAAAAAGGGUACUUAAAUGAAUUAGGUACUAUUGCGGCAUCUAUUUAACUCGAUGUCUAUGGGUAUAAGAUACAAUAAUCAAAUGCCACCAAUAGCUUUUAAAUAGAUUUAAGUCAGCCAUGUGAUUGUUUUUAGAAUAGUAGACAAAACUAAAAAAUAUUAUCAAACUCUAACAUUCCUUGUACUUCCGUAACCUUAGUUAUAUAUAUUACCUUGUUAUACAAUUUUAUUUUUUAUACAUAUUUACUUGCAUUUUUAUCCAUUUUUUUGCUGUGGUUUCUUUUAUCUAAAAUGUAACAUUAUGAAAGUAAACAUAAAUAUCGUCUCAAAAGUUGUAUGAUUGUAUGAUCCGUAAAAAGACAUUAAAAUAUUCCAUCACCCAUGUCCAAUAGCAAGAACGGGGGAUUCCUUAAAUACUUUACAGCAAAAGACAAUAA